AAAACAUGCUUUUAUACUAAUAGGGAACCUUGCUUUUUUCUUUAUGCAUAUGUGUUUGGAUAUAUAUAUACAUAUAUAUGUAUGUAUGUAUGUACGUAUGUGCUUUUCUUAUUUUGUUUCUCUAUCUAUCUUGUUAGAUCUUGGCCGAGUUUGCAGACAUAGCUAGAGGAAAGAGGAGAGAGAAAGCUACUUUUGAAUGCAAGAGAGAUGACAUGGUCCAGUGAUUCCAGAGAUGAAAGUGGCAUCCAAAUAAUCUCACCUUCUUCUAAAGAAAACUCUAUUAUUGACUCAAAAGUCCAUAAAAUUCGUACCAUAACAUGCCCUUCGUGUGGCUUUAACAUAGAACUAAUAGAUCAGGAGAGGAUACAUGAGUUGCCGGGGCUACCAGCCGGAGUGAAGUUCGAUCCGUCGGACCAAGAAAUUAUUGAGCAUUUAGAGGCGAAGGUGUUGUCUUCUGAUGCCCACAAGCUUCAUCCUCUUAUCCAUGAAUUUAUUCCUAUACUGGAGGGAGAGAAUGGAAUUUGUUACACUCACCCAGAGAAGCUACCAGGUGUGACCAAAGAUGGCCAAGUCCGUCACUUCUUUCACAGGCCUUCAAAGGCAUACACAACCGGGACUAGGAAGCGAAGAAAGGUGGACACGGAUGCCGAUAGUGGCGAGACAAGAUGGCAUAAAACAGGCAAAACUAGGGCAAUUCUCAUCGACGGAGCAGUGAGAGGGUUUAAGAAGAUACUAGUGCUCUAUUCCAACUACGGCAGGCAAAGGAAGCCCGAGAAGACGAGCUGGGUAAUGCACCAGUACCAUCUCGGCAACAAUGAAGAAGAGAGAGAUGGGGAGAUGGUGGUUUCAAAGGUUUUCUACCAAACACAGCCUAGACAAUGCAGUUUGAGUAGUACUAAAGAAUCAGUUAAGAAAAGAUCAUCAAAUAACAGCCAAAGUGAGCAUGAUAGUCUUAUGAUCAUGAACAAGGAAUUUGUGGAUUAUUACAAUCCUUUUCUCUCUUACAACGUUGGGAAGCAAAUUAGAGAGAGCCCACCUCAGUUGAUUCCAAAUUUGGUUGUUCAAGGUCAUGACUCUUCAUUCAUUUAUCUGCCCAAACAGUGAAUUUAUAGACAAGAACUGAUAUAUUUUUUUAGUUUUGUUGUUGGUGUGAAAUAUUUAGUCAGUUUAAGUUUAGACUCAGAUUAAAUUAGUUUAACUACGUAACCAAUUUAUAUGGAGAGUUCUUGUGUGUGUGUGUGUGUGUUAAGUUUAGUGAGUGUAUGGAGUGUGUGUAGGUGUGUUGAAGUUAGCUAGUUCACUGAGAGAGAUAUUUGUAGAAAUGUAUGAACAGGGAUUGAGUAACUUCUCUUAGCUGCUCAUGUUAUUUAUGAUUUUCUUAUUGAUGAGGA